UAGAGAGAGAGAGAACAAGGGAGAGAGAGGGCUUUGGGUGUUUCGAGCCUCUUAACCUGUAACCUGUUACAUCUUCAUCACCGAAACAACAAGCUCAGCCACUCAUUUCAUCGAACGUGACGAGCAAAUUUAUAUAUUUUUGUGCACAUAAAAUUCGUGUGGUAUUUAUAGUUGAGCAUUUUCCUUAUGUAGUUGAAAUCAGGUUAGGGUUUUAGGGGACUGCUUUUUAUUUAUGUGUGAGCAAGUAUGGCGACCGCCACGCAAUCAAUUCGCUUCACUGGUCCGGCUUCUUCCACCGGCGCCGGCAAUCUGGAUACUCUCAACAGAGUACUCGCUGACCUCUGCACUCGAGGACACCCAAAGGAUGGAGCUGCAGUAGCAUUACGGAAAGUUGUAGAGGAAGAAGCUCGCGAUCUAAGUGGAGAAGCAUUUUCACGUUUUAUGGAUCAUCUUUAUGACCGCAUUACUAGUCUUUUAGAAAGUAAUGAAGUUGCCGAGAAUUUGGGAGCAUUAAGGGCUAUUGAUGAGUUGAUAGAUGUUUCAAUUGGGGAGAAUGCUUCCAAAGUUUCGAAGUUUUCUAAUUACAUGCGUAUUGUAUUUGAGUCAAAGCGUGAACGUGAUAUUCUGGUCCUUGCUAGUGUAGUUCUGGGUCAUCUAGCUAGAGCUGGUGGUGCAAUGACUGCAGAUGAAGUGGAACGUCAGAUAAAAAGUGCACUGGAAUGGCUUCGUGGAGAUAGAAUCGAUUAUCGUCGUUUUGCUGCUGUCUUGAUACUAAAAGAGAUGGCUGAAAAUGCUUCCACCGUAUUUAAUGUUCAUGUGCCCGAGUUUGUUGAUGCUAUUUGGGUUGCUUUGCGUGAUCCUUCCGUUGAUGUUCGGGAACGAGCUGUAGAGGCAUUACGUGCUUGUCUCCGUGUGAUUGAAAAGCGUGAGACACGAUGGCGUGUCCAGUGGUAUUAUCGUAUGUUUGAGGCUACGCAAGAAGGACUGGGUAAAAAUGCUCCUAUUCAUAGUAUACAUGGUUCUCUUCUUGCAGUUGGGGAGCUCUUGAGGAAUACAGGUGAGUUUAUGAUGUCAAGGUACAGAGAAGUUGCUGAAAUUGUUCUAAGAUACUUGGAGCAUCGAGAUCGACUUGUUCGCCUGAGCAUCACGUCUCUUCUUCCUCGAAUAGCUCAUUUCCUGCGUGAUCGUUUUGUGACAAAUUAUCUAACGAUAUGCAUGAAUCACAUACUUCAUGUACUUAAAAUACCUGCAGAACGUGCCAGUGGGUUUAUUGCUCUCGGGGAGAUGGCUGGUGCUUUGGAUGGAGAACUCAUUGACUAUCUGCCGACAAUAACAUCACAUUUACGCGAUGCAAUUGCUCCUCGCAGAGGUCGACCAUCACCUGAGGCUUUGGUUUGUGUUGGCAAUUUAGCAAAAGCAAUGGGGCCUAAGAUGGAAUCCCAUGUUCGUAGUCUCUUGGAUGCCAUGUUUUCUGCUGGUCUUUCUGUUACGUUAAUAGAAGCCCUUGAUCAAAUAUCGAUCAGCAUCCCUUCUUUGCUGCCUACAAUCCAAGGUCGUUUGCUCGAAUGCAUUUCAGUAGUUCUUACAAGAUCCCAUCAUACUCAGGCGAGAGCAUCUGUUGCCAUGAGUCGAGGAAAUAUCACAACUACCACUCAACAAGUGUCUGAACUUAGUGGAUCUGCUCUUGUUCAACUUGCUUUGCAAACCCUUGCUCGGUUUAACUUCAAGGGCCAUGAUCUUCUUGAGUUUGCUCGGGAGUCUGUUGUGGUAUAUCUCGAAGAUGACGAUGGAGGCACAAGGAAAGAUGCUGCAUUCUGUUGCUGCAGGCUAGUUGCAAAUUCCUUCACUGGCACGCCGAUGCAGUUUAGCUCUAGCAGGACUAGUCGUGCUGGCGGCAGGCGACGGCGUCUUGUUGAGGAGAUUGUGCAAAGGCUUCUUAUUGCUGCUGUUGCAGAUGCUGACGUUUCUGUUCGACAUUCCAUUUUUGUCUCUCUACAUGGAAAUAGAGGCUUUGAUGAAUUCUUAGCACAAGCUGAUAGUUUGACUGCUAUAUUUUCUGCUUUAAAUGAUGAGGACUUUGAUGUCAGGGAGUUGGCAAUUUCUUUAGCUGGGAGAUUGUCUGAGAAGAAUCCAGCAUAUGUCCUUCCUGCUCUUCGCCGCCAUCUUAUUCAAUUGUUGACUUAUCUUGAACAGAGUGCAGAUAGUAAAUGUAGAGAAGAGAGUGCAAAAUUAUUGGGUUGCUUAAUUCGUAAUUGUGAGCGACUGAUACUCCCAUAUAUUGCUCCAGUACACAAGGCCCUCGUUGCUAAACUUUGUGAGGGAACUGGGGUCAAUGCUAAUAAUGGGAUUAUAAGUGGAGUUCUGGUGACUGUUGGGGAUCUUGCAAGAGUGGGUGGUUUUGCAAUGAGACAGUACAUUCCAGAACUCAUGCCAUUAAUUGUUGAAACUUUACUGGAUGGAGCUGCAGCCACAAAACGUGAAGUGGCUGUUGCGACUCUUGGUCAGGUGGUACAAAGUACAGGCUAUGUCAUAGCUCCAUAUAAUGAGUACCCACCGUUGCUCGGUUUGCUCUUGAAGUUGCUUAAUGGUGAGCUUGCAUGGUCUACCAGAAAAGAGGUUUUAAAGGUUCUUGGAAUAAUGGGGGCUUUAGAUCCCCAUGCACAUAAGCGCAAUCAGCAAAGCUUGCCAGGGUCACAUGGUGAAGUUAGUCGUGCAGCCAAUGAUCCUGGUCAACACAUUCGUUCAAUGGAUGAAUUGCCAAUGGAUCUUUGGCCAUCUUUUGCAACCUCAGAUGAUUAUUAUUCGACUGUUGCUAUAAAUUCUCUUAUGCGGAUUCUGAGGGAUCCUUCUUUGUCUAGCUACCACCAAAAAGUGGUUGGAUCUCUUAUGUUUAUAUUCAAGUCAAUGGGUCUUGGCUGCGUUCCUUAUUUGCCCAAGGUUUUACCUGAUCUUUUCCAUACCGUUCGUACUUGUGAAGAUGGUCUCAAGGAGUUUAUAACCUGGAAGUUAGGAACUCUGGUUUCUAUUGUUCGGCAGCAUAUUCGAAAAUAUCUGCCAGAAUUGCUUUCUCUGAUAUCAGAGCUAUGGUCAUCCUUCAGUUUGCCUGCUACUAAUCGACCUGUACAUGGAUCUCCGAUUCUACAUUUAGUAGAGCAACUUUGCUUGGCGCUAAAUGACGAAUUCAGAACGUAUCUUCCUGUAAUUCUCCCAUGCUGUAUUCAAGUCCUCAGUGAUGCUGAGCGGUUUAAUGAUUAUACCUUUGUCCCGGAUAUUCUCCACACCCUUGAAGUUUUUGGCGGCACCUUAGAUGAGCAUAUGCAUCUAGUAUUACCUGCGCUUAUCAGAUUGUUUAAAGUUGAUGCGUCAGUGGAUGUAAGGCGUGCAGCUAUCAAAACUCUGACAAGAUUGAUCCCUCGUGUACAGGUUACCGGUCAUAUCUCUGCCCUCGUGCACCACUUGAAGCUUGUCUUGGAUGGGAAAAAUGACGAGCUUAGAAAGGAUGCUGUUGAUGCACUUUGUUGUUUAGCUCAUGCUGUUGGAGAGGAUUUCACUAUCUUCAUCUCCUCCAUCUAUAAGCUGCUGUUGAAACAUCGCUUGCGGCAUAGAGAGUUUGAGGAAAUCAAAGAUCGCCUGCAAAAACGUGAACCAUUAAUCAUGGGGAGCACAGCUACACAAAGAUUAAGUCGCCGUCUUCCUGUUGAUGUUGUCAGUGAUCCUUUGAGUGAAAUGGAGAACGACUAUGAUGAUGGGGCAGACAUGCACCGGCAGCUAAGAAGCCAUCAGGUAAACGAGGUACGGUUGCGCUCUGCUGGGGAAGCUUCUCAGCGGAGUACAAAGGAGGAUUGGGCAGAGUGGAUGAGGCAUUUUAGCAUUGAGCUUCUGAAGGAGUCACCUAUUCCUGCGUUGAGAACAUGUGCUAGACUUGCACAGCUGCAGCCGUUUGUAGGGAGGGAGCUUUUUGCUGCUGGUUUUGUUAGCUGCUGGUCAGAACUGAAUGAGGCUAGUCAACGACAGCUAGUGCGAAGUUUGGAAAUGGCUUUUUCCUCCCCGAAUAUACCUCCAGAGAUUCUUGCAACGCUUCUGAAUUUGGCAGAGUUUAUGGAACAUGAUGAGAGACCCCUUCCUAUUGACAUUCGUCUCCUUGGUGCUCUUGCAGAGAAAUGUCGGGCAUUUGCAAAGGCUCUGCAUUAUAAAGAGAUGGAAUUUGAAGGAGCACGCUCCAAUAGGAUGGAUGCAAAUCCUAUUGCUGUGGUUGAGGCACUUAUUCAUAUAAACAAUCAAUUACAUCAGCAUGAGGCUGCUGUUGGAAUCUUGACAUAUGCACAACAACAUCUGGGCGUUCAACUAAAGGAAUCAUGGUAUGAAAAGUUGCAGCGAUGGGAUGAUGCUCUGAAAGCUUACACUGCCAAAGCCUCUCAAACAUCCAAUCCUCAUCUAGUUUUGGAUGCUACCCUAGGACGGAUGCGAUGCCUUGCUGCAUUGGCUCGGUGGGAGGAGCUUAACAAUCUCUGCAAAGAUUUCUGGACACCUGCUGAACCUGCUGCUCGAUUGGAGAUGGCACCAAUGGCUGCUAAUGCUGCAUGGAACAUGGGUGAGUGGGAUCAAAUGGCAGAAUAUGUUUCUCGACUGGAUGAUGGUGAUGAAACGAAACUUCGUACCUUGGGAAACACUGCCGCUACGGGAGAUGGCAGCAGUAAUGGAACAUUUUUUAGGGCUGUUCUCUUAGUUCGUCGUGGAAAAUAUGAUGAAGCACGCGAAUACAUUGAGAGAGCGAGAAAAUGUUUGGCUACUGAGCUCGCUGCUUUGGUUCUUGAAAGCUAUGACCGUGCAUACAGCAAUAUGGUCCGUGUUCAGCAGCUCUCUGAACUAGAAGAAGUAAUUGAGUACUGCACUCUCCCUUUGGGGAACCCUGUUGCUGAGGGGCGAAGGGCCCUCAUUCGCAAUAUGUGGAACGAGCGCAUAAAAGGUGCAAAGCGGAAUGUUGAGGUUUGGCAAGUACUCCUGGCUGUCAGGGCUCUUGUGCUGCCCCCUACAGAAGACUCUGAAACAUGGAUCAAGUUUGCUUCUCUUUGCCGUAAAAGUGGCAGAAUAAGUCAGGCUAAGUCUACUUUGACAAAACUUUUACAGUUUGAUCCUGAAACAACCACUGAAACUGUACGGGUGCAUGGACCUCCUCAAGUGGUUCUGGCGUAUUUGAAAUAUCAGUGGUCACUUGGGGAGGAUCACAAGCGCAAGGAAGCCUUUGCUAGGUUGCAGGAGUUGGCUAUGGAUCUUACAAGAACGCCAAAUCUUCAACCUGCCAGUCAGACUAGCUCAAUCAGCAAUUCAAACGUAUCACUCCUUGCCCGUGUAUAUCUAAAACUUGGAAGUUGGCAGUGGGCACUUUCUCCUGGUUUGGAUGAUGAUUCUAUACAAGAAAUUCUUAGUGCAUUCCGGAAUGCUACUCAUUGUGCUACAAAGUGGGCAAAAGGAUGGCAUACAUGGGCACUCUUCAACACGGCUGUGAUGUCUCAUUAUACGUUGAGAGGCUUCCCAAGCAUAGCUGCUCAAUUUGUUGUUGCUGCAGUUAAUGGGUAUUUUCACUCCAUAGCUUGUGCAGCACAUGCUAAGGGAGUGGAUGAUAGUUUACAGGAUAUUCUGCGUCUUCUCACUCUGUGGUUCAACCAUGGAGCAACUUCAGAGGUUCAAAUGGCAUUGCAGAAAGGAUUCACACAUGUUAACAUCAACACUUGGUUGGUUGUUUUGCCCCAAAUAAUUGCUAGGAUACAUUCAAAUAAUCACGCUGUCCGUGAGUUGAUACAAUCACUGCUAGUACGAAUUGGACAGAGCCAUCCACAGGCUCUUAUGUAUCCACUUCUUGUGGCAUGUAAAUCAAUUAGCAAUUUACGUAGAGCUGCAGCUCAAGAAGUUGUGGAUAAAGUUCGACAGCAUAGUGGUGUGCUGGUGGACCAGGCACAACUUGUGUCCAAGGAGUUGAUCAGAGUUGCAAUACUUUGGCAUGAAAUGUGGCAUGAAGCAUUGGAAGAGGCUAGUCGUUUGUAUUUUGGUGAGCACAACAUUGAGGGGAUGCUAAAGGUGUUAGAGCCAUUGCAUGAAAUGCUUGAGGAAGGGGCUACGAGGAAUGACACCACCGCAAAAGAAAAAGCUUUCAUUCAGGCAUACCGCCAUGAAUUAUUGGAGGCCUAUGAGUGCUGUGUGAAAUAUAGGAGAACUGGAAAAGAUGCAGAACUUAUUCAGGCUUGGGAUCUGUAUUAUCAUGUAUUCCGGAGGAUAGAUAAGCAACUUCAAACUCUUACCACCCUGGAUUUGCAGUCUGUUUCUCCGGAGCUAUUGGAAUGCCGAAACUUGGAGCUGGCUGUUCCUGGAACCUAUCGAGCUGAUUCACCGGUGGUCACCAUAGCAUCAUUUGUGGACCAGCUGGUGGUUAUAACAUCCAAACAACGACCCCGGAAAUUGACAAUUCACGGUAGUGAUGGCGAAGAUUAUGCUUUCUUGCUCAAGGGGCAUGAAGAUCUACGUCAAGAUGAACGUGUCAUGCAGCUUUUUGGUUUAGUGAAUACACUCUUGGAGAAUUCUAGAAAGACUGCAGAAAAAGAUCUUUCUAUCCAAAGAUAUGAUGUCAUUCCAUUAUCUCCGAACAGUGGGUUGAUAGGAUGGGUUGCAAAUUGUGACACACUGCACCAUCUGAUUCGGGAGUACAGAGAUGCUCGUAAGAUCACCCUAAAUCAAGAGCACAAACUAAUGCUUAGUUUUGCUCCGGAUUAUGAUCACUUGCCACUUAUAGCAAAAGUAGAGGUGUUUGAGUACGCUUUGCAGAAUACAGAAGGAAAUGACCUAUCACGAGUACUGUGGUUGAAGAGUCGCACAUCUGAAGUCUGGCUGGACAGGAGGACAAAUUAUACGAGAAGUUUAGCUGUUAUGAGCAUGGUUGGUUACCUACUUGGUUUAGGCGAUCGACAUCCUAGUAACCUUAUGCUGCAUCGUUCCAGUGGGAAGAUAUUGCACAUUGACUUCGGAGAUUGCUUUGAAGCUUCAAUGAAUAGAGAAAAAUUCCCUGAAAAGGUUCCUUUCCGCCUCACAAGAAUGCUUGUUAAAGCAAUGGAAGUUAGUGGUAUUGAGGGAAACUUCCGAUCAACUUGUGAAAAUGUCAUGCAAGUUCUCCGAACAAAUAAAGAUAGUGUUAUGGCAAUGAUGGAGGCCUUUGUUCACGAUCCCCUUAUAAAUUGGCGUCUUUUCAACUUGAAUGAAGUCCCCCAAAUGUCAGCUCUUGCAAGUGCACAUCUUCCUGCUGUUGUCAAUAGUGACGAGUCUGCUGCAAACAGGGAACUCCAGCACCCUCUGCGGGGUGCCCGAGAGCGAGAACUUCUUCAGGCUGUCAAUCAACUUGGAGAUGCUAAUGAGGUUUUAAAUGAGCGUGCUGUUGUUGUUAUGGCUCGGAUGAGUAACAAACUUACUGGACGUGAUUUUUCUACCUGUUCUCCAGUGUCGAACAGCUCCAUUCAACAUGCGCUUGAUCACAGUACCUUAAUUUCUGGUGAUACGCGUGAACCUGAACAUGGUUUGUCUGUAAAACUGCAAGUUCAAAAACUCAUUCUCCAAGCAACAUCUCAUGAAAAUUUGUGCCAGAAUUAUGUUGGGUGGUGUCCCUUCUGGUAAAUUGAAGAUCACUUGUGACUGUAUAUAGUUUUGUAUAUAGCCCAAGCUUUUGCAGAACUGGCCAACCUCUCCCCUCUUUGAUGAUUGUAGCAAUUCUUGUAUAUAGAGCGCUACAUGUAAUAAGAGUUAAACUGAACAUUGUAUAUAACGUCCGGUACAUUGAAGGUAAGCAAAGCAGCCAAAAUGUUGUAGGACGGAGGAAGAGGUCAUGUUCUAAUUUCAUUUUUUUUGAUUUGGUCAACUUUAUGUAAAGAAGUGCCCAUGUAUCAAUAUAUAUGAGCUGUGACAGGAGCCGGCGUCUCUUCCAUCCUUCCAA